GAAACGUGUUUUUAGCAAUCAUACAGAAACUGCCAAAACAGAACGUCAGAUAGAGGCGAUUUCUUCGUAAAAGUGUUGUUGUAUGGCGCUACAGAAGUAAUUUAUAUUGCCUUGAAAGUGAACCUACAGUGGAUUAACACCUCCUUAAUUCCUUCACAUUGAAACAAGUAUGCUUCUGUUUUGUCCAACUUGUGGGAAUGUGCUGAUUGUUGAGGAGGGACAGAGGUGCUACAGAUUCGCCUGCAACACAUGUCCUUAUGUGCACAAUAUUACGAGGAAGGUGAACAACAGAAAAUAUCCCAAGCUAAAAGAGGUUGAUGACGUCCUUGGAGGAGCUGCAGCAUGGGAAAAUGUUGAUUCCACAGCAGAAAAAUGUCCAAAGUGUGAACACCCAAGGGCUUACUUCAUGCAGAUUCAAACUAGAUCAGCAGAUGAACCAAUGACUACUUUCUACAAAUGUUGCAACGCUCAGUGCGGAAAUCGAUGGAGGGACUAACAUACAAACAAAGCCUCAAUACUAUUACAAAAAAUGUUUUUAUUGUAAAUGUAACGCUGUACACACCUUUAUCCAAUAAAAUAUUCACAAAGGG